UAUUUAUUCGUGCUCUUCGCGUUAUCAUGACAUAAAAUUUCUUUUGCUUCCACAAAAAGCGUUAUGAAGCUUAAUUCAAGUAGAGAGGCGUCUUGUUCCCAAGAAGAUCUGAAGCCUAGAUAGAAGCCAGCACGGGUUUUUUUCUUGAAGCACAAGAAGAGUAAGGAGUAAGUGCCCGAUCUUGUUGUUUCUUGUGCCUGAAAAAGAAGUCUUCUUUUCUUCAAAAUGCCCGCCCCCCACAUAUGGCUCGACUCCAUUCGGGAGGCGCGGGCCAACCUGCAGCUCAGCGGCGCAGUGAUGGUAGGAGGCGAAACGGAAGAUGGGCAAAGGCUGCUGGCGGAGGCCAGGGCGUAUUUUUUGUUUUUGGGAAGAUUUGAAUUUUGUUGCUCUGCUCGUGCCUCUAGUGCAUGACAGACAUGACUGGAAAUCCCUGUAUCGAAACAUAACAAAUCCUCACAGGAUCAUGGCGCAGAAGCAGGAGGCGAAUCCGCCAAUAGUCGUUCCGCGUAAAGCACCGGAUCGCGUUUGCGUGUGGAGGCCGGGAAGGUUAUGGAAUGUGGAUCUGCAAAACCCACGUGCUGUGGCUGGGAUGUAAUGCUGUAAAGAUUUUUAGCGUGGUGCUGGUCAAACAAUUCUCUCUGCAUUUGUUCAGGGUCUGGCAGAAGAUCCAGGAUUGCAGGAUCACAUCAUCUUCAGUGGUGCCCAUCUUCCAAACACAACGCUCCGUUGUAUCGCGAACACAGGCUGACAGCCACAGUUUUUGUUUUGCGGCUUGCAUUGCAUAAGUUCCUCGGGAAAACUUGGUCGACUUGCGGUACUACGUGGAUAACGGGAAAGGGCGGGUAGCAGUGUCCGAGAACCCAUCGUGGUACAGGAUUCAACGUCAAAUUUUGAUGGUUUGUGUGCUGCAUAAUCCACAUUAGGCCUUCAGCAUGAGAGAAACCUUUUUUCAUGCUCAGUUUUGCAUAGUAGAUUCAGGUUGCAAGUACGCAAAUUCGAAUGUGUAUGAGGUACCCCGGCGUCUCAUUCAAGAACGGUAAUGGCAUGAAGCAGGUUCGCGCAAACAAGCAGGCUCGUGACCUUGACAGUUGGUGCGUCUGCUGGGCGACGAGGGACGAGGAAGGGAAGCCACUGCGACUGGCGCGCCACUUCUACGUGGGCCAGUUUUACACGAAGAACGACCAGAAUUACGAUCACGCGAAGAGACGGGCGAGGCAGUUUGCCAUUGAAUUCCGGAAGGCGAAGGUAAAAUGUUGGAUACGAUGGUUUAUUUUACCCACGCGGUCGCGAUGAUAUUUAUCGUUUUCGAAUAAUUGUAUACGCAGUUGCAUAGUGGUAGCGGAGGUGUAGGGCGUCCAGUUUGUGGACCACCGGAACUACAAGUGGUGAAAAAAUGAAAAAAAAUUGCAAAUACCAGGUAAAAGAAUACGACGAAAUGACACGAGAAAGGGAUUUAUGAAAUCAUGAAAAACAACCCCACGAUUGGAUGUUUCACUGCGAUCUCGACCGAUGCAGAUACUUACAUAGUUGCAUGCACGAGAGAGACAGUUCCUGUAGCUCUUCUUCAAGAAAAUGCCUGUAAGUCAGCACACUUCGAGAGGCAUGACCAUCGGUUAGUAUGUAGUGAGGUCACCGAACGGUUCUAACCAGGGAGUUUUUUUGACAGCUACCCUGAAAAACGACCGGCAGUUUUCAAGCGGCCGGAAGCGUUUUUGCACAUAAAAAAUUUGCACUUAUCAAGCGGCCGGGGCUUUGAAGUCAAACAAGCCCGGUGGAAAACUAUCGAUUCGCACUUGAUAAAACGACGCAGGGGAGCCGGCAAAAGGGGCGCCCUUCUGAGGCGCCCACCGCCUUGAUUUCUGGCGAUUUGGGGCGCCCAAAAAGGGGCGCGCAAAGAACGCGCUCAAAAUCAGAACAGCGAAACAGCAUGGCACGGCCGCGAUUUCGGAGCACUUUAGGCGGCCGCGAAAGCGGCCGCCUUUUCGCCGCUUUCAGAGCCUGGGAAGCUUUGCAAAAAGCGCCGGAGUGAAAAAUAAAAACGCGAAAAAGAAAAAGCGCCCCAGACGCGCAAAGCCAAUCCGCAUGCUAUGGGCCCGAUUUUUCUUCGCUUUUUGGGCGCCCCCCGUAGCACCCGGAUCGGCCCCAUAGCAUGGGGGCUGGCUUUCGGAAAGGAAUUUCGGGAAUUCGCCAAAAUUUGUGACGUUUCUCAAGUGACCGCCAUACCGUGCGGCAUAACGUUCCUCACGGUGGUAUGGCGAGCCCAAAAAAAGCAAAGCCGCGGCCAAGGCGGCGGUCGGCAAAAAAACGCCCACGACCUCACUACCCCCGCCCCGGCGGCUAUAUUUCGUACUAGAAGAUACAGAGGCAUGUUGAAGACAAGAGAUGAAACUCGUUGACACGACCAUUGACAAAUCCAAAAAAGUGAAACAACACGUAAAAGAAAAUUUCUACUUCCCGUCCAUACCCCCGGCUGAAUUUCGAGCGGCUCCGGGCCCUGGACAAGUUACACCAGUACCGCGCGCCGAGAAACCGCGUCGCCGCACGACAAUCCGGGAGGCAGGGGGUAACGUGGAUGAAAACCAGCCAGUCCUGGCAGGUACAACUACGCGUGUGGGAUCCCGCGUUGCGGAAGUCGCGCGUGAUGAAGCAGUGCCACGUGCGAAUCGCGUUUCCCGACGGAACCACGCAGGAAGACGACGAGGCAAUAGAAGCGGCCGUGGAGAAAGCGAGGUUACUGGCAAUCGAGAUCAGGAAAGAAUGGGAGAGAAGGUAAAGUGAAGACUGCAGUCGUGGUUUCUGCAGCGUGCAAAAAAUGUUUAUACAUUUAAAUGCACUUAAUCUUGUUUUGAUUGUCUCGCGCAUUUUUGACGCUCCUAGUGUUACAGAAAUGAAAUUUCCAGAAUUAUUUGUGAUGGAAAAAGCGCUUACACAAACACAACAGGUAUCGUGUGUACACGGUGAAGCACUACGCCCUUCAUCCGAGGUAUGACGAGAACGGAAAACUGAUCGAGGAUGAACCGUAUGAAUUGCAAAAAUCCCUGGAUGUCUGGAAGAAAGCGCGAUUUGUCAUGCUGCUUUUCCAUGACCCAUGAGGUCUGGAAUGCCGGACCUAGCAUGACAGAUUCUGCGAGACCUUUCUAAUGCCUAAUAUCCUGCAUGAGAAACUACCUCCCGACUUAGUCAAAAUUUGGCGACUUUUGGUAAUCAUGCAACACAGAUUUUUGCAUGCUGCAGAUUUAGCAUGACAAGUUCCUACCCUUUUGCAAGUUCGAUUUUGAUUCGUUAUUUCUUGUUUUUUAAGAUGAUGAUGAUACUUUCUUCUGGUUAGCCCGUCUAAAAAGGGUAAUGAUCCGCUCCCGCAGGCAAAAAAUUUAGCAUGACAAGUUGCAAUCUUCCAGACCCAGACACUUUUGCAUUUGAUAAACCGGAGAACGACCCAGAACACGUGCCCGAAGAAUACGACCAGUACGGGAACCCGAAACGUCCUGCACAGCAACAACUAUCAAAUGUAAAAAUGUCUGGGUCUGGAAGAAUGCAACUUGUGAUGCUGCAUUUGGAUUCCAGGAAAAAUCUGUAUUGCGUGAGUACCAGAAGGAAUGCAAUUUUUGCUACGCGGAGCGGGCAUUUGUCAUGCGGAAUAGGCAUCAAAAAGCUCUCAAAAAAUCUGUGAUGCUAGGGCAUGCAUCACAGACAUCAGGGCUCAUGCAAAACAUGCAUGACAAGUGUCAGAAUCUUCCAGACCCAGACAUUUUUACAGUUGAUAACAACAAGAGCAAGACUUUGCGGAGGCUGAGGCACAAAUGAACCUCUUGUUUCCGAACGUCGGGGCCAACUUCAUCGCGGACGAGGGAGAUCUGCUGCCCGAGGAGCUCGAUGGGUUCGCUGAGGAGGAUUUUGAGGACGUAGAGGACGACAUUCUGGCCGACGAUAAUGAGCAACUGGAUGGUGCUGGGUUUAUCAGCGAAAGCGAUCCAAGCAACCAGGACGCCGAUGGUGAUGUGAUCAUGUAAAAAGGGACUUUAAAGUUGUCCCGGCCGUCUUCGGCAAAAGGCGUCUGUUCUUUUCAACACUGCGGAACAAUAUUACAGAGUUCUUGUUUCUGAUUCCUUGAAGAUGCGAGUUCUUGUUUGAGAAUACGUAGAAUUGCGAUACUGAUGUGACCGGAGAUGAGACGAGUUUGUUGUACAAAACCCUGAUGUACCAAACACACAGCUGUUUCUCGCACGAGUUGUAAUAACCAUAGCAAACGGUGUACAAACUGCAGGGGGCGGAGCAAUAACACCCGGAGGAGCUGCAUCGACGUGGUAGGCCCCGUGUGUAAAAAGUGCAAAAUAUGAGCACCCUUAUGGAUUCCAU